CGUAAACUCGAAACGGUGCUAACGUAUCUUACGUGGUGUGAUACAAAUUAAACUGUCUUUAAUGUGCAUUAUAUGUCGUAUCUCGUUAGAUUAGUGUUUUGCCAUAUAUCGUAUUAUUAUAAUACCUUUGUUGUGUUUAAAAUGGUGCUUCCCAUCACUCCCACCAAGGCGGAAUGAGGGCAGGUCCGGUAUUUGGUUACAGUUCCGGGCCAAGCACUGACGUCCAGCGUCGUGAUAUAUAAAACCUUCCUCAAGACCAACCUUCAUUAUGAGUAAGAUGUUAUGUAGAACAAAGCUUCACGAGGCAGCUUUUAGAGGUGAUGCUAUAGAAGUAAGAGAUCUGUUGGCAUCUGGAUCAGACGUCAAUUGCAAAAACAGAUUUGAAGAAACGCCAUGUCACCUCGCAUCCCUCAAAGGAAGAGUUCCUGUCAUCAAAUUGCUUUUGGGAAGUGGAGCCAGUGUUAAUGCAUUAAAUAAGAAUGGGGAAACUCCUCUACACAGAGCCAUUGAUAGUUCCUGCAAAGAAAGUGUUGAAAUACUCCUGGCUCAUAGUGCAGAUAUCACUCUUAGAGAUGCGAAAGAGCACACUCCGCUGCAUCAUGCCACCAUCAAGAGAAAAAAGGAAAUAAUGAAGAUUCUGAUAAAAGUUGGUUCAGAUCUCUACAACCUAAACAAGUCUGGAAACACUGGCGCCCACCGCGCUGCUUUCAAUGGGAAUGAUGACGUCCUUGAGAUUCUCCUCCAGGCUGGGUUUAAUGUCAAUUAUGAGAACAGCGAUGGUAACACACUGCUUCAUCUCGCUGCACGAGAGGGCCAUGUGACAACUGUGCAGCUACUGAUCUCCAACAAUGCGCAGCUUAAUGUUUGCAACAGCAAUGAUAAAACUCCCGUUCUCCUAGCUGCUGCUAUGGGACAUACCAAUAUUGUUGUCAACCUCCUUGAUUUGGGAGCAUGCCCUUACACCAACACUGGCUAUUCUGUCCUACAUGCAGCUGCGUACACCAACAGGAUUCACACUCUUAAGGCUGUUGUGGCUAAGUUUUCAGAGAGGGAUUUGCUCAGUAAUUUAUGGCAGAACUUAACAGCUGAAGACGUAGCCAGUAUUUCAGGUAGUAGUGACAGUUUUUGGUGCCUCAGGAAACAGUCACUGUAUCUUGAGAGGCCUGAAUCUCAUCUAGUGUCUACUUUGAAAGAGUGCAGGUCUCGGUAUGAAGGUAGUGGCUCUGCCUUUGUCAAAAGAGGAAGAGUUUUUUCCGUGUGGGAGCAAUCGCGUCUCUUUAAGAGCAUCAAGGAUGGUGCUGCAGAGAUGCACUACAUGGAUGAGAAAGGGAACACCAUACUUCAUGUAGCACUGGAAGCUGGAAAUGAGGUUGUAGCUGAUAUGCUCAUAGAAACUGGAGCCCUUGUGGUGGCUCAAAACCACAAGGGCCAGACACCGCUGGAUGUUGCUCUGAACAAACAAAAGUAUGUGAACCUUAGAAAACCCGACUUGCAGGACAGCAGAUAUGACGCAUUCCUACACAUACUCCUUCUAAGUGUGGUAACUCAAACAGUAGGACUUGAAGUUGAUAACAAUUCAAGUCAAAUUCACUUUGACAACAGCCAAGAUACCUUGGAUAGAAGUAUACUAGGAAUAAAACUAGAAAUCAUCAAGAAUUUCAGCAAACUGGUGUCCAGCUCAGUUUUGUACGACCCUGUGGGGAGUUGUGGAAGGCAUAUCUUACCUUUGGCCAUAACGACGAAUAACGGGAUGCUAUUGCCACUCUUAUUAGCUUCGGGGUUUCCUCUCACUACAAGUGACUCUGGACUGGGGAUCGUGCAAGUAGCUUGGCUGACACCAGAUAUUACAACAUGGGUAGUCAUGGUAGUUACAAGAGCUGUCAUCAAUCAACUUCAGUCUGAUCUUGAUGCAUUAAAGAUCAUCACAAAUGUAGACCCUCAUGAGAAAAGCAUGCUUGAUAUCCUGAUACGAGCCAUUUCCAACCUGAUUAAAAGCUUAUGGGGGUCGAAACCCUGGGAAGCACAAUUCAAAUGCCCUGAUGAUGUGACACCAACACAACUUUAUGUAACUGCCAGUCUCUAUGGGGUAACUUUAACAGCUUGGUACAUCUGGAGGGCCGGUGCUAGCAACUUCCACAGGACCUGUCCUUUCUGUAGGUGCAAUGCUCUUGAAGGAGCCUUGUCAAACAAGUGUUAUUCAACUGCUUUUCGACUGGUUGUGGAUAUGGAUGCUAAUCCCUUUUUGAAAAACAAGGAUAGAGAGGUAUCUAUUAAUAUUUUCCCAGAAGAUAUGCAGUUAUUGGAGGUCAUGCUGGGAAAAGAGUACCGGAUCCUUGAGAAGAGAAUGGAGAAGAGUAAACAUGAAAGUGAGAAGCAGAAAAUCCAACAAGUCAUCAUUUUGCUCAUGGUUUUGUUUUUACAGUACAAACUGAAACAAGGGUCAGAAGACUGGAAGAUUUUCUUAUGCUUCAUUUUAGAUGCACAUUCCAGGAUAAAGGAAGAGAUACCAUCGCAUCCAUCUGCUUUCUGGAUGGCAUCCCUUGAGAAAAUACUCUUAGCAGAAGGAACUGAGAACGUCAGAUUGACAUCAUCAGCGAUGUAUUCAGGUAUGAUGAGAAACAUCUUGUCCUAUGUUGAAAAACUUUCCAGAACACUGAAGAAGUUGGACCUCACCAAUGAAGAGGAUCAUUUCUGUUCUCUGCUUCAUAUUCUGCACGGUACUUUUUCUGAUCCUCAGUGCCCAUGGAAGGAAAACAGGAACAGCAACAAUUUCACUUCCCAGCUGAAGUUUCUAUUCCAAAGGAGUUUGAAGUUUGCAUGUGAAGAUGAAAUGCCGUUAUUUUUGCAUCUGCUUAUCUCUGUAGCCGAAGUGGCAGUCGACUUGGUACUAGAUGAGCUUUGCAAAACUGUGCCUCUGCACCACGCAGCUCAAAAUGGCAUAACCUCUGCUGUCGUGUAUCUUUUAGACUGUGGAGCAUCCCCAACUCUCAAAGAUGCAUCAGAUAUAUUACCUGUUCAGUAUGCCUUUAUGUUUGGGCAUAAAGCAACUGCAGAGAUACUAAAGACCACAGAUAACAAUGAGAUGCCUGACAGUAAUACUUACCUGGAUUUUCAUGACACUUAUCUGAGACUCUAUGGGUUGGACCCGAGUGGCAAUGUAGAGUCUAGAUAUUAUCAUGUUCAGUGUAAAGAAAAGUUGUUCACAGAUUGCUUCAAGUAUGUUGAAAAUAUAUGGAAAAAAGAAGGUGUAGAAAAAGCUGUUAAUGAAAUUCUUGUUGACUUCCAGAAUGGAGAAGCUCAAGAAAUCAAAGCUUCUGUCACUGCAUUACUUUCGGAGCUGAAUAAAAGAAUAUCUCUGAAAGAUAAGAGAUUCGAGGGUGAAAUACAAUUUGUUGGAAGUUCAGAGGAUAAUGUCAGACUAUAUUGUCCUGACGAAUAUGACUGCAAUCUAAUCUUGAGUAACAUACAGGCCAAACCUGACGGUGAAUUGGAAGCUAAUCUUGUAGACUUGGAUUACGAGAAGGCGGUUGCUUGUGGUCAUCAGAAGAAACUAGAGGUUCGUGUUUUAAGAGAAGAACUCAAAGAAUUUAUAAGUGGGGAAGAAUUCUUGAAUCGUUUUUACCUCACUGCCCGAGAAUCGUUGAUGGAAAUGGAUCCUAAUGUAGGCAGACUGAAGCUAAUGAUGCCUGGAAUUAAGAAAACCCAAGUUGGUAUUGAAAUCUUUUUCUUAUGGUCUGGUACAAAGUACCCAAUGCUCUUUGUAAACAUUGAUUUUGUCCCUACUGUGAAAGCCCCUUGGCCAGACAACCUUCCUAAGCCUAAUUGUAGUCUAGGUAGCAGCUCACUCGCUGAAAUAUAUUUGAAUAAAGUAGAUGGAGAUGAAUGGAGACUGUCCUUUGGCUCUAAAGAGACAAUGAUUAUGCAAAUGCUCCCUGAAUGCAAAAGAAAUGUUUUUCUUGCCUGCAAGAUGAUCUUGGCUGCUCUGAAGACAGAGAGCUGGGUACCUCUGAAGCUCAAGGCCCAUUUCACUUACUGGGACAGUCGGAUGUUUUCCCUCCCUUCAAAAGGAGGGUUUGCUUUGAAGAACUGCUUUUUCCAGGAACUUGAAGAGGUGACAGAUGUAAGUGAAUGGGAAAGUGCACAGCUCUUGACAAGAGCCUGCUCUGUCUUUGAGAGAAUGUGCAUCCUAGGAAGCCCACAAGAGGCUUCAAUUGAUUGCCCCAAACCAGUGAAAGCUUACUUUGGGGGUGAUACGGAAAAGGCAUCUAUUUACUCAUGUGCCCCUGAAAUACUGCACUUUCUGAGGAAUUUUGAUCAAUUUUUGGCGGGGACACCCUGAGUGACAGUUAGUAGGCUGAAUAACUGCAGGAUAGCAUGGUGUGAAAAGAAGUAAUUUUGCAUUUCUUAUUUAUUAUACUUUUUUUGCACUUAGUUUAUUAUUAUUUUACAAUAUUGUUUACUAGCAAUAAACAACAAGUCGCAAGUGAGUGACAUCUUAAGAUAAAUCGUCCAUCUCAUUUGCUAUAUUUCCACGCGAGAGCUUUAAUAGGUCAUCUGCAUAACGGCAGCCAGAAGUUCUCUUGGAAUUUUGUUGCCUUUUAUUGCCUUCAUCAGCAUUCCUUUGGCCACUACCUGCAUCCAUUUCUUAGCCUUUUUCUCCAACUCCUGACCUGUUUAACUAUUACUUCUUGGUGCAACUGUGGAAGUUUCUCUCAGUUCCUUCUUUUUGUGAAUCCCUUGAGCCUGCAGUCUAUCCACUCCAGCGCUGAAUGGACGAAAGUGUCCCAGUGCUUGGCUCGACAACCUUAAUAUCACCAACCAAAUCAAAUCAGUGGCUUUCUGUCUACUUUUGGUCUGCCACCCCGUGGAACGACCCAUGAAACGACUGAGGCGACAAUGACAGGCCAUCCGACCCUUGAAUUGAUGGCUUUUGAAGACACCAACUUGAUGGAUGCUCAUCAGUGAUUCACUCUCUUGCUCUAAAGACUCAUUAAUUAGGUUUUUGAUACUGAGAUAAUGUUGAGAUAAAGUCAUUUACCAUUUCUGUGGCAUACUUGUUGGUCCACUGUGGUCUGUAAUCGCUUCUAUAUUUGUUUUGAGAUGUGUCAUCCAUCUAAAAGUACAACUUAUUUUGUGUUCCAGUGUUCAUGCAACUAUGUACAACGAUGGAGUAUACAUGAUACUGAGCAACAACGUAUAUUUUUAAAUAAAGCUUUUAUUAAA